AUGGCUGCCGUCGCCCAAUCCGCUGUGUUCUCCAGCGUCUUCGUCGGCCAGACCUCCGAGUUGGCCAAGUCCGUCGGCAAUGCCGAGGCCCGUGUCACCAUGAGGCGCACUGUGAAGAGCGCCCCCGAGAGCAACUGGUACGGCCCCGACCGCCCCAAGUUCCUGGGCCCCUUCUCCUCCCAGACCCCCGCCUACCUCACCGGCGAGUUCCCCGGUGACUACGGCUGGGACACCGCUGGUCUGUCCUCGGACCCCGAGACCUUCGCCAAGAACCGCGAGCUGGAGGUCAUCCACGCUCGCUGGGCCAUGCUCGGUGCUCUGGGCUGCCUCACCCCCGAGCUCCUCGCCGGCUCCUUCGACUUCGGCGAGCCCGUGUGGUUCAAGGCUGGCUCCCAGAUCUUCUCCGCUGGCGGCCUCGACUACCUCGGCAACCCCUCCCUGAUCCACGCUCAGUCCAUCCUCGCCAUCUGGGCCACCCAGGUGCUCCUCAUGGGUGCCGUCGAGAGCUACCGCGUGGGUGGCCUCGAGGGCUUCCAGGAGGUUGAGGACCCCAUCUACCCCGGCGGCAACUUCGACCCCCUUGGCCUGGCUGACGACCCCGAUGCCUUCGCCGAGCUCAAGGUGAAGGAGCUCAAGAACGGCCGUCUCGCCAUGGUGUCCAUGUUCGGCUUCUUCUUCCAGGCCAUCGUCACCGGCAAGUCGCCCCUCGAGAACCUGAACGACCACUUGGCUGAGCCCUCCAUCAACAACGCCUGGGCCUAUGCCACCAGCUUCGUUCCCGUGCGACAUUGCAUCUGGUUGGCUGCACCUCUCCGUUCCAUCGGGAGCAGUUCGUCUCAGCAGCAGACCAUCAUCAGCACCACAGUUGUUGGCAGGCGUUACUCUACUUCAAACCAGCAGCGCAUUCUCGUCCCACCAGAGACGCUGCUUAUGGCGGAUCACCAGGGCGAGGAGCACGAGGCGGAUAGAAGGGGCGGGCUGGCGCACGGCUCGAAAGAGAAGAAACCGCGGCGCAAGGUGCAGUGGGACGAGGGCAAUCUGACGUACAACGAGGAGCACAAGAGCGCCACCAUGACCAUCGACGAGCCCAAGACGCCCUUCCACCAGCUCUCCCUCGACCCCGACGAAGCUGCUGCUCUCUCCCCCGUCCUGCCGCCCGUACCUGACCCUGCACACAGCAUUGCUGCCCAGGCUGACGUCAUCCAGGCCAAGCUUGCAGAGGUUGCUGCUACGUCAGCUGCUGACAGUACAUGUGACAGGGCAGAUUUCGAACGCUGGAUGCAGGAGCGUGGCCAAACACUUGACCCUGCCACCUUCCGAGCUAACGCUGGCGGGGAGGGUGAUAGCGAGGGGGGUGGUGCAUGCGAUGAGUUUGAGGAGCACAGGAGGCGGCACUAUGACGAGUUCAAGCGGGUCAAGGAGCUGCUGGCUAAGGGGGCUCUUGACGACGACGAGGAGGAGGAGGACAAGGGUGAAGGGGAGGAGGGGGGAGAGGGGAAAUCACAGAUGUCGUGA